GGUGUGUAUUGAGGGUCUUGGACUGGACUGUAAUCCUUUAGUCCUGGUUGGAAUUACCCUGCACCGUCUGGGACAAACAAUAUGACAAGGGCACACACACAUGCGCACACACACAAAACAUAUUGUUUUGCUCACACACACUUGUGGAGAGACUUGCUUUGGCUGACGUUACCUCAUCAUGACAAAAUGUCCUCGGCGGAAACUGGCUGAUUUACUGCAAGAGAAGUAUGACCCAGAGAACUCGGGCUUCAUCAGCACAGAGCGAUUCAGGGACCUGCUGGCGACACACGGCUCCGAGCUCGACCCCCACAAACUGGAAGUCUUAUUGGCCCUCGCCAAUGGCAACGCUGAUGGAAAAAUCUGCUACCAGGACUUUGUGAACCUGAUGAGCAACAAGCGUUCCAACAGUUUCCGGAGGGCCAUUCUGCAGGGGAGCAGGCAGUUGAAAGGCUGCAGUCUCCGAGAUGAGGUGGGCCUGGGACUCCCUCAGCGGCUGGUCCGGCACGUCGCCUACGAGACGCUGCCCCGCGAGGUCGACCGCAAGUGGUACUUUGACAGCUAUACAUACUGUCCCCCACCACUGCUCAUCCUGGCUAUCACCAUCGCUGAGGUAGCCGUGUUCAUGUACUACGGCUUCCAGCUGGACCGCUUGGUGCUGCAGGUGUCCAGCCCGUUGUUCCUAAAGAGCCCCUUACCCUACCACCCCCAGCUACGAGCCCAGGCCUGGAGGUACCUCAGCUACAGUUUCAUGCACACUGGCAUUGAACACCUGAGUCUGAACAUGGCCAUGCAGCUGCUGGUGGGAGUCCCUCUAGAAAUGGUCCAUGGAGCCCCGAGGAUCGGACUGGUCUACGUAUGUGGUGUGCUGGCAGGGUCUUUGGCGGUGUCAGUCACAGAUAUGACGGCUCCAGUGGUCGGGUCAUCCGGGGGAGUGUACGCCCUGGUCUCAGCGCACUUGGCUAAUGUUGUAAUGAACUGGUCGGGAAUGAAGUGUCAGUUUAAGUUAUUCCGGAUGGCAAUGGCUCUGGUCUGCAUGAGUGUAGAGUUCGGUCGGGCGGUGUGGUUGCGGUUCUACCCACAGGCCUUUCCUCCGUGCCCCAACCCCAGCUUUGUGGCUCACCUGGGAGGGGUGUUGGUCGGCCUGACACUGGGCGUGGUCGUCCUGCAGAACUACGAGCAGCGACUCCAGGAACAGUCCCUGUUCUGGAUCUUCUUCUGCGUCUACGCCUUGUUCGUGCUUUGCGCAGUCUUCUGGAACGUUUUCGCCUACAGCUUGCUCGACGUGCGACUGCCCCCGCCACCGUGAUUUGUCUAUUAGAGGCAGAUGAGACACUGUAUCCCCUUUAUUCCUCGAUCAGUAGAGGUGUGACCGGCCGGCAGGAUGAGCCACCUCACCCCUCAUAUUAUGAGCUUCACCAUGGGGUGAUCAGAGUUGCCUGACAGCUACCACACUUCUACAUCCAGUGCUUUGGUGCAGGGAUACCCGACUUGUAGCAGCAACCCUCUUUGUCUGUAUCAACAUUCAUUUUUUCAUCCCACCUGCUACAUUUGGGGUUAAGCCCGACCAUUGCUCCCACUCACCAAAUGAGUGAACCUCUACUUGCUCUUUGUCUUCAUCUCUGUUGGAUGCUUGGCACUCAACAGUAUCAGCCAGUGGAACUUUUGUUGAUGACACUGUGCUGACACCAGGAGAAACCUUGGAUCUAACGCAACAGGAACAAGCAGGAACAACCCAGUCCACAUGGCUUAACAUUGUCUGCCUCCUCCUCCUGAAUCCAACAGUGCCUAGUCAUGGAGACAUCAGCAUGAUGAAAGUAUUUCUGCACAGUUGCCUCUUGUGUUGGGCGACAGCAGUAAAAAAACAGUUUUCAGAAAAGCUUGUUAACUGCCUGUGGCCUCUUCAUCAGCAGAGGCCCUGUGAGAAUUUUGGCUUUGUUGGAGUUUUGUCAUCAUUACAAGCAGUUUAUGUGCUGCACACAUGAGAGGUACACAUUAAAUAUGAUGAGCAGGAUAAGUGGACCUCUUUAAGUUUCACGGUGUAGAGGGAUCAUGGAAUAUAUAGAUUACAGCAAUUUUCUUAAGUUAUUAUGAAUUUACCUUUGAAGCAAAGUGUUGGUUGCUGUUCAGUGUUGCCUUCAGCAUCUUGCACUUCCCCAAAGAAGGAUUCAUAUUUGUUCAAUGCUCUUUGAAACUCAAACCUUGUCUUUGACAUUUUUUGUCUGCGUAAGGAGUGAGACUGUUGAAACAUUGUGUACAGAUAAAAAAAAAAAGUAAGAAGCGAAAGUGCCGUUCAGACUUUAAGCUUUCAAAAAUAAUGCCAAAAUAUUGCUACAAGCACCAGGGGAAGAUCACAGCCCUUGACAGGCGUUGCUAUUGUGUAACAAAACUUUAGUUUAUUUAUUGAUUGGUGAAGAGGUGAAUUAAGGACAGUGGGAUUCAAGCUAAUGAAAACAUUCACCAAUGGGGGACAAUUGGGUCUAUUUCUCAUUACCAAACGUAGAAGAGCACACACGCCUAACCUCGACUACAUCCGGGCUGGGGUCUCGUCACUCAGCGGUGGGAAGAGGCAAAUCAAUGCCAUCUCAUUAGUUCCUGUCACAACUUAAAUUGUUAAUUGAUUGAGCUGGGAUAGAGAGCAACCCCAGCCCUGAACUGUGAGUCUCAAACUGUACUGUAUUGUAACCUCAUGCUACACUGGUACUUGCUUUGCACAAACAUUAAUAUAAUAUGAUUAAAUACAGAUUAAUAUUUUAAAAUGCAUAUGCUGUUGAUUUUAUUUUUUACAUGGUGAUAUUGGUAUGUUGUAUAAAUUCUGUAGUCGGUCUAUAUUGUGAUAUGUUAGUUAUAUCCUGUAUGUAUCCUAUUUUUGAAAAAAAAAAUGGUUCUAAAGAUGGUCUGGGAUUGUAUAUAACAAGGGCUAUGACACAAACAUGAGUGAGGGGUGAAUCACUGACAAUAUUUUAACAUUGUGCGUAUUUUGUACAUUUUAUAUGUACAUACUGGAGUACAUUAAACAUUUUUAUACAGAAACAAA